AUGGCUUCUAGCACGUCCUGGAGACCAGGAUUGUUUGACAACAAGGUCGUAUUCUGCACCGGCGGAUCCGGAAGCAUCUGCUCCGGCCAAGUCAGAGCGCUGGUCGCUCUGGGCGCCAACGCCUGCAUCGUUGGACGGAACGGUGAAAAGGCGACAGCGGUGGCGGCUGAGAUUGCGCUCGUGCGACCUGGAAGCACCGUGCUGGGUCUGGGAGGUGUGGAUGUGAGGAAUCACGACAGUGUCAAGGGAGCGGUCCACACUUGUGUGCGGCGUCUGGGAGGGAUUGAUUUUGUCAUAGCUGGAGCAGCAGGCAAUUUCAUCUCAACCAUCGACGAUCUCUCGGUGAAUGCGUUCAAAGCAGUGGUCGACAUCGACCUGGUGGGCUCGUUCAUCACGGCGAAGUUGACGCUGCCACAUCUCGCUGCCUCUGCGGAACGAGCCAAGGCCAGCAAAGAUUCAGGCUCACCAAGCCUGACUGGAGGCCGGAUCAUCUUCGUCAGCUCGACAAACUACCACGCGGCCCGAAUCGCCCAAGCGCACGUCUGCGCAGCCAAGGCCGGCGUCAACGCCCUCUCAGACUGCAUCUCCCUCGAAUACGGUCCCAGGGGAGUCACCUCAAACGUGAUCGCGCCUGGCCUGAUCGACGACACCGAAGGCGCCAAACGCCUGACAGAUCCUGCCCUCAGGGACGAACUCGUCAGAAGUGUCCCCGUCCAGCGGCUGGGCAACAUCAAGGACAUUGCCGACGCCACGGUCUUCUUGUUCGCCGAUACGGGGAGCUUUGUCAAUGGUUCAACGAUAGAUGUUGAUGGCGGGGCCUGGCGUAUCAGGGCUGCGGGUGCUGGGCCGAGUUAUCCAGCCUUGCCAUCGCGGGAGAGAGGUGGGCAGCAAGGAGCAACGUCGAAGAUGUAG